AUGUCUUUUCCUAAUGUCACCGAGCCACACCCCUCUUCAUUCCUGUUAUUGGGGAUUCCAGGACUGGAAGCUGUACAAGUCUGGCUUGGCUUUCCUUUCUGCAUGGUGUAUUUUGUUGCUCUCGUUGGAAAUCUCAUCAUUCUGUUUGUGAUCUGGACUGAUCGUAGCCUCCACCAGCCCAUGUUUUACUUUCUGGCCAUGCUGUCAGCAAUUGACCUGAGUCUCUCUACUGCUACCAUCCCCAAGAUGCUGGGUAUCUUCUGGUUCAGGCUUCAGGAGCUGUGCUUUGGGUGCUGUGUGACUCAAGUCUUUUUUAUCCACUUUUUCACUGUCAUGGAAAGCAUCGUACUUCUUGCUAUGGGCUUUGAUCGUUAUGUGGCUAUUUGCAACCCCCUCAGGUAUAGCACGAUCCUCACUAACAGAACCAUUGUUGCAAUUGCCAUGGUGGUCAUUCUAAGAAGCUUGUGCAUGAUUGCACCCAUCAUUUUCCUCCUCCUGAGGCUACCUUUCUGUGGACACAGAAUCAUCCCUCACACCUAUUGUGAGCACAUGGGAGUGGCACGUCUGGCUUGUGCCAGCAUCAGUACCAAUGUAUAUUAUGGCCUUGGGAAUAUUUCUAUCUUGUUUCUGGAUGUGCUUCUUAUCAUCAUCUCCUAUGCUAGGAUUUUAUACACUGUCUUCCACCUCCCUUCCCAAGAUGCCCGCCUGAAGGCUCUCAAUACCUGUAGCUCCCAUAUCUGUGUGAUCUUAGCCUUCUUUGGCCCAGCUCUCUUCUCCUUCCUUACUCAUCGCUUUGGUCAUGGCAUCCCCCAGUAUAUCCACAUCCUACUGGCUAACCUCUACGUAGUCAUCCCCCCCGCCCUCAAUCCAGUCAUUUAUGGGAUCAGGACCAAGCAAAUUCAGGAGCGGGUGAAGAGUCUUUUUGCUAAAAUACAUUGA